GAUGAUGUCACCAAAGAAGAGGGCCACCAUUCAGUGCGCUAUCGUCGGCAUGUUCUUUCUGUCCGUGUUCGCGAACGUCUUCAUACUGCUGACUACGCGCAUGAAAGACAAAAUGGAGGACUACGACGGAUACGAUUACCACGAAACCAACGAGGACACAGGCAAAGAUUUGAAACUCUCGGUACUUAGCGCUGCCUUGACCGGAAAAGAAAAUGCUUCGCGGAAAGAUUUUAUAAAAUCGUUAGCUGCUUGCAUACGCGAUAAAAUGAAAAAACUCGAAACAGAAAAAGAAAAGCUAACAAUUUUGUCAUUGCCUAAUAAUAUUAAUAAUAAUUUCGAAAAUAACUUUAUAAUCGACAGCGACGUUAUACGAUCGAUGAACUGGACUCUGAAACGCGAAUAUAUACAACAAAAAUCUGUUUUUAAACUGCUAACCAGACCAGUUAUCACAACUCAUGAUUACUCGUACAUUCACAACCCAAAAGACGAAUGCAUCAGGAGAAAAAUCGACGUCGUCUUAGCCGUCCCGUCCGCGCCGGAUAAUUUCGAAUUCCGGAUGAAAACACGAGAAGGAUUAAAAGGCUCUUACUCGCACGAGAGAAGCAACAACGCGACGCUGUUGUUUUUCUUAGGCCGGUCGGAUCACCAUAACAAGUCCCGACGGUUCCAAGUUCAAAUCAACAUGGAAAUGAGGCGAUUCGGCGACAUCGUGCAAGAUAAUUUUAUCGACGCUUACAAAAACUUGACGUUGAAAACGGUAUCGGUGCUGAAAUGGGUCAGCACGUUCUGCUCGCGUGCGAAGUACGUCAUCAAAUCGGACGACGACGUCGGGAUCAAAGUCGCCAUUGCGAUCAACGCACUGCAACGCUAUCGGAAAAAUUACGGGAAUUUUAUUUUAGGGCGGUGGAACACGAUGAAUAUCGUGCAGAGGAAUCCUGCUGUGAAGAACUACGUUUCUCCUGACGAAUACAAGCCGGCCACCUUCCCGCCCCACGUGCUAGGAGGCGCUAUGGGGUUUCCCGUUACCACGGCUAAGCUUCUGUACGAGGCCGCACUAAGGAUUCCUAGAGUCUGGCUGGAUGACGUGUUUCUCAGCGGGAUCUGCGCUCCGCUUGUCAACGUCCCUGUGUUCAUGGAUGCAGAUUUUGAUUUUAAACAUAGACAAUGGACAUGAGUGAUAUUUAAACAUAGACAAUUGAUAUGAAUGGUAUUUAAGAGUGUCAAAGAGUUAGGAAAUGAAACUGACCAGCUGUAAUUACAAAUCUAAUGUAAACCUGAUGAAAUCAAUUUAAUUAAAAAGAACGACCAAGUGAUGAAACAUCAUUGAAAAAUUAUCGAACCUGAUCUUGAAGCCAUACUUAUUACCAACUGUGAUAUUGUGAUAUUAUAGAUGUCAUUACCUUUUUGUCCUACCUGUUAAGUUUACAAAUACGAUAAUUUCUUUUAUUGUUGGUAAAACACGAGACAGAUGUCUUUAUUUUUAUAUUAUUUAU